AUAUUCUGGUCUGCUCGUUUUCAAUUUGAAAUAUGCGAACCCACUACUGAGUUGCCUAGUGAGCUGCCUGACGCCGACUUAAGGCACAUUUUCUCUUAUUAUCCAGCUGCUCGUCACGGUUGUCUGAUCGGUCUGUCUCUCAGCACAUCUUUUCCCGCUUCUUUUCCAAAUAAAACAUCUACACAAAGCACUAUAAAGUCCUCUAAAGAUGCCGUUCCGCCAAUGAUUACGGCCACCAAGAGGUCUUUAUUUUUCAAUUCUUCCGUUGGACAAACAGAACAAGCCUGGUAUAUGCCUUCGCUGAAUCGACCUGGCACGAUCGCGCGAAUUGUGUGGGCCCACAGCCUGUGGCUAGUUUGA